AUGUGGAUUGAUGAAAUUGAUCAAAUGGAUUGUGAUGAUGAGCCAACAGUUUUGCCAAUAGUUAUUGGUGAAUUGGUUGAACAAACUAUGCUCUUUAAGAUAUUUGUGAAUAAUGACAUGAACUCUGAGUUUGAACAAUCAUUUCGUGUAAAAAAUUGUGUACUGACCAAGAACUCUGGUGGUGUUGAGGAUGAUUUGGUUGUUGGUGUUGUUCAUAAUGACAUAUAUGUUGUUGUGGUUCAAGAUUUGGGAAGCAAGUUUGAGAACAUUGUUGCCGAGGAGAAAUGUGGAGACAAUAGUUCGUCAUCCAAACUUAUUGAAGAAAAUGUUGCUGAAAGCAUUCCUGUUAAAAGGGGCAUAAACCAAGUUGCUGAUGAAAAUGACAGAUCCAACUCAAGAAUUACGAAAUACAUUAAGAUUGAGAAGGAUUGA